UCCCCAACUGAUCGUUCUAUUUUUUUUUCAUGCAUUCAUUCAUUUAUUUAUUCCUGUGGGGUGAAGCAUUUAGUUUGAUAUCUUGGUAUUGGCUGGAUAGGAUAGGCUGUUUAGUGCUUUCUGAAAAUCAUUUGUUACGAUUUGUGGUGGUGUUUGUUUCUAUAUUGUCAAACAAUAUAAAAAAAGGUUAAGUAGAAACUGUCCCUGGGUUCCCAUGAAAGGGUUAUAAUGGUGUUUGCUAGGGCUAUUGCCAAUGUACUGUUAUCACAAUAUCCAUACGGUAUGCAUGUUCCCUUAAUAGUUUUAAUGAUACUAGUUGUAUAAUGCAGCAUAGGAAGCUUUAGGAACUAAAAAAAGCACCUUUAAAACAGGGGAAUGUAGCCGAGAGAGUUGCUGAAUGUUCUCUGAUACAGACUCAGUGAAGCGCCGGUAUCCCAGCGUAAUAGACCGUGAGGUUGUGUCCUUGUCCCUUUUCCACUCGGGGCAGGAAUAGCAGCCAGACUGUGAUGGCAGCGCAACGCAGUUUGAAUCAGCACCCAAGACUUGACCAUGGACUCCUUCAGCACCAAGAGCCUGGCCCUACAGGCACAGAAGAAGCUAAUGAGCAAGAUGGCCACCAAGAGCAUGGCUAACCUCUUCAUAGACGACACCAGCAGCGAAGUGCUGGACGAGCUGUACCGCGUGACCAAGGAGUACACGCGCAACCGCAAGGAGUCCCAGAAGAUCAUCAAAAACCUGAUCAAGAUGGUGGUGAAGCUGGGAGUGCUCUACAGAAACAACCAGUUCAACAGCGAGGAGCUGAUCCUGGUGGAAAACUUCAGGAAGAAGGUCCACACGCUGGCCAUGACCGCCGUCAGCUUCCACCAGAUCGAGUUCACCUUCGACCGCCGCGUCAUGGCGGGCAUCCUGAACGACUGCCGCGAGCUCCUGCACCAGGCCAUCCGCCGCCACCUGACCGCCAAGAGCCACUCGCGGGUCAACCACGUCUUCAACCACUUCGCCGACUGCGACUUCCUGGCGGCUCUGUACGGGCCCUCCGAGGUUUACAGGGCCCACCUGCAGAGGAUCUGCAACGGGGUCAACAAGAUGCUGGACGACGGGAACCUCUGACCCUUCGUCCUACCUCUGCGUCGUCGGCGCAUGUUGUUGGAUUUUCUCGUUUGUUUCUUGUUGUAAAGGUGACAAUCGGGAAACAUUUGCCCUCUCCACGUGUUGCCGGCUUGUGGAUGUCGCCGUACCGACGUUCCCUCACCGAGUUUGUCCAAAGACUGUUUCUGUAUUUAACAGCUUAAACAUACAGCUCAUUUCUUUUUUGUUUUAUAUAUAUAUAUAUAUCCAUAAAUGAAUGUAAAAACUUUACGCUCUUGUUAGUAUACAUGACAACUGUGCCUUGACAGCCCGAUUUUUAGUUUUUGCUUUCCUUUCAUUAAAAACGUGUAAACCAAGGCACAGGCCUCACCUCUGCUAGAUCUCUUUAGAGAACGCGCCCCUAGAGAGGAACAGUUGAGCUAAAGAUUUUUGUUUUUCUUCCAAAAGUAGUUUUUGCACUCAUUUCUGAACAAGCGCUGUACCGUUUUUUCUCGUUCUUUCGCCGUUGUGAAGCACAGCAAGUCGGGUAAUCCUGCUUAGCCGGCGUUUUCCUCCGCUCUGAAAUGCAUUCAGAGGAGAAACCAGACGUUUGUUUCCCAAAAAGGCUGCUGUUGACAGCAAAUGGUCUGCUUUCUGGCCACCACAACAGACGUAAUGUGCGUGAGUCACAGGAAGGCACUACAAACAAGAGGGGAUGUGUUUGUGCCGCACAUUGUCGAUUGUCUAGAACGCCGCUCUGGAUGCUGCGCGGCCGUCCGGUCGGGAAGAGCCGCUGCGAGGAAAAGCUCACACCAGGUGCAAAGUUUUUCCCCCGUCGGGGAAUCUCUAGACGUCGGAGCCUGCUUGGUCGAUCAGAACCGGCCAGGUCUGAGCUAAGGCGGCUCCUCGUGAGCGGCCGGCUGAAAGACGGGCUCGGAGGACCAGGCCGGGUACAGAGAUGAUCACAGAGACAAACACGGCGCCUGAUUGAGCUCUCCCACCGCAAUUACUGCUCCUCGCUCCGGGGUGGCGUAAUGGCCCGGAGCUCGCCUCUGUCGGGCAGCCUCUCCAUUCCAGCUAAUGUGAUGGAGGCAGCCACCUCUGCCUGCACGGAGCGAGGAGUCCUUUAAUGGAUUGAAACAUGUUGUUUCUUCCCUCUUUAAGGAGCAUAUGAAUAGUUACACCUAUUUCUCUCUCUCUCUCUCUAAGCUCACAUUAUAAUGGAUGUCUUUCCUUUUUGUCCACCUUGUUUUCUUUCACCGGCUCUGUCUGGGAGAUUGUUUUGUGCUGCGGCCUCAUUUAGUAUUCUUUCUGUGUGUGUGUGUGUGUGUGUGUGUGUGUGUGUGUGUGUGUUUGUACCUGUGAGGGAAUUGGAAAUUGAGCCGUGUGAUAAGUGCUAUGCUUUCCCAGAUAGGAUUGCAGAAACUUUAACUUCUUCUUCAGCAGCUCGGCCAAAGAAAACAGCACUGAUGAAACUCCAAAUGCUUCCCUUUUGUCGGAGGAAAAACUCAGUAAAGCUGCGCACACUUUGAUUAUUGACGAUAAGGGACACAAGGAACGUGACUGUUGUGGUUUCAGGCUCUUUUAAUUAACUGUUUUUUUUUUUUUUUACACCAUUAUUAUUCUUACAUGACUUCCUAGACUUUUUUUUUUUUUUUUUUGUCUUUCUCAUUUUUGGACCCAUUUGACCGCAUCAUUUAGGAAGGCUUUGAAGUAAAUCCCUUCCCCCUAAAGAGUUGACUCUUAAUUGUCCUUUUUAUGGCAUUUUCUCCAGUCCGACCACAUCUCAGGGAUAGUUUAAAUCUGCUCAUUUUAAAAUGAACCCAGCCGCCUCAUUUAUAUUUACAAAAACAUUUGAUAUUCCUUUCAUGUAUUUUUUUUUUUUCCACUUUUUUUUUUACUGUUGUGGAUUUUUUUUUUUCUUCACAGGUUGUUUUGUGUGUCUGUACUGUAUCCUUACACAACAAAUAUAAUACACGUUACUUUUUAAAGAAAAAGAAA